UUAUACCUUCACAUUAUUCAAAAAAGGCAGAAAGAAAGAUCUGGAUGACGAUGACGUAUACGGGAUCGUCCCCAAACUAUCGUCAGAGAAAUUGGGAAAUAAAUUGGAAAACCAAUGGAGGAGAUUGAAGAAAGAAAAAAAAGAUCCUUCCCUACUGCGAGCACUUUUCACGUGCUUUGGAAAAAAUUAUAUAAUCCUGGGAAUGAUUCAACUAUGUUUCAAAACGGCUGUAUUAUUCAUCCAGCCUCGUGCGAUAGAACAUUUCGUCAACUUUUUCAGAUCAGAUAGAGAUACCUCUGCCAGAUCAGACCUCUAUAUCAACGGUGCCAUCAUUAUCAUCGUCAGCUUAGUCAGCACCAUCUACAACCACAAUUACCAACAGUUACUAACGGAAAUCGGCAUCAAAGUGAGAACAGCCAUAGCUGCCCUUUUAUACAGAAAGGCCCUCAGGUUAGGACCGAAUUCCUUGUCCAGUUCAGCGAUGGGGAGGAUAUUGACCCUCAUAACCAAAGAUGUGUUUGCCUUCGAGAAAGCUUUGACUUUUGUGAAUGAUAUGUGGAUCGGAUUGAUACAUAUUGGGAUUGUUUCGUAUCUCAUUUAUCGACGUAUAGGAAUUACUGUUGCGGCUGGUAUCGGCUUUCUAUUGAUGAUUAUUCCAUUACAGAUAUAUGUCGGCAAGAAAACCAGCAUGAUGCGAAUGAAGUCAGCAAAAAGUACAGACGAAAGAAUACAGUUGACAACGGAAACACUAUCAGCGAUCAAGAUUGUCAAAAUGUAUUCGUGGGAGCUCUUCUUUGAGAAUAAAAUCAAUGAUGUCAGAAGCAAAGAGUUGAAGAAACUGGCCCCCGUAUACUAUUUGAAGUGCAUCGUACUCAUCAUAGGCUCCUUGGCGUCCAACCUAUCAUUUGCUCUCAUCAUCCUGACCUACAUAUGGACCGGACACUAUACGAACGCUGGAACUGUCUUCUUCAUUGAAGCCCUCUUCCGCAACAUCAAAUCCUUCAUCAUAGCUUCAAUCCCUUUGGGUAUAUCCAACAUAUCCGAAGUCUACGCUUCCUUGAAUAGACUCAAUGAGUUUUUGAACUCGAAAGAAGUAGCAUCCCCACCAAGGGGCAUCGCCCAACCCAAAGUGUAUCUCAACCACGUCUCAGCAAAAGUCAAGGACUCUGAGGUGCUGACCGAUGUGUCUCUGUCAGUGGAAAAGGGCCUAUAUCUGGUGACUGGAAGUGUUGGUAGUGGAAAAAGUUCGCUGCUGAGGACUAUCUUGGGAGAGUGUACCGUCGCCAGUGGACAAUUGGCGGUUGACGGCAGUAUUUCCUAUACCGCCGAAGAUCCCUGGUUAUUCCCUUCUACAAUCAGACAGAAUAUCCUUUUUGGACAGGAAUACGAUGAAAAAAGGUACAACGAGGUUUUGAGAGUAUGCGCCUUGAAAGAAGACCUCAGCAAAUUUGAGAACGGUGACCAAACAAUAGUAGGGGAUAAGGGUGUUAAUUUGAGCAAGGGCCAGCAAACAAGGAUCAACUUGGCAAGAGCCGUCUAUAGAAACAGCGACAUCUACCUGUUAGAUGACUGCUUGUCGCAUCUAGACAGCCACGUCAACCUCUACGUCUUCAGGAAGUGCAUUAUGGAGUUCCUGAAGACGAAGAUUGUUAUACUUGUCACCACCAAUAUCAACCACAUCAAGCUCGUUUACGGUCAUAACUUGUUAUUCAUGAAGAAUGGGAUAACGCUUUCUUUGGAAGAGCAGCAGGAAACAUUGGAAAAACGGGUCACUUAUUAUAUGGAUGACACAGAUAACAGCUAUUUUGAAGAAGAGAGGGACCAGGAGGUUGAAAAUGAGAUUCACGACGUUGUUUCUGAAAAAAAAUCAAAAAGAAACUCAGAAAUAUGA